AUGACACCAAAACCUGGUUUAGCUGUCAUAGAUUCAACAAGUACUACUAAUUUUAAUUGUACAAAUUAUGAAUCAAAUGAGAAACCAUUAAAAGUAAAUUUAUCAAAAAUAAUUUCAUCCAAUGAAAUUAAAAUAACUACUAAUAAAUUAAACAAAAAUACAAUUAAUAUUCGACUUGAAGCAAAAAAUUACGUUGGCAUUUUUCAUUUAUUAUGUUAUGUUAAUGGCGAACAAACUAAAGGCACUCGUGCUGAUGUUAUUGUCAAAGCUGCGCCAGGUGUACUUCAACUCAUCGAGCGAUGUCGAGUCUAUGAUAAACAAUAUAUUAAAUGUCGGAUUCGAGCACCAACUAUAGCACGUGCUAUUCAAAAUGAUUAUCCAGCUAAAUUUGAAUUUAAUGAAAUCAGUCAUUCUCAUGAUAAUUUAGCUUAUAUAACACGUUUUGAAUUUUUAAAAAAUGAAAGUACAAAUGAAUAUUUAACAUUUAAAUGGAGACCAACUGCAGAUGGAGAAUUUCCAGAUAAAGUUCGAAUGCAUAUGAAAGCAAUAUUACCUCAUUUUAAUGUCUCAUCUUAUAAUUUUGAUAUGACACCGAUUUUUCGAAUAACACCAAAAUUUACUUUACAAGCAAUAUCAUCAAGUGAAAUUCAAAUUAAACUUGCAUCUAUAUCUCCAGCAGCAUUUUGUGAUAAAAGUAUUAUACCAAAACUAGGUUCAACUAUCAAUCGAACAUGGACAAUAGUUGAAGCAAAUCGAAAUACUAUUAUAAUUGAUAAACUUCUAUCUGAUUCGGUCUAUCGUGUAUGUAUGAAAUGUCGACAAACCUAUACUGAUCCAGAUGGUAUGGAAGAAUGUCAAGAAAUUAAAACGUUGAGUAAAUUCAAUUUUCUUUAUAAUCAAAAUUAUUUUAUCUUCAUUAUAAUUAUUGUAAUCUUAAUUUUAUUCAUUAUUCUUGGUAUUGGCUUUUAUUGUUGGAAAUAUCAACAAAGUCUUAAAUAUCAACAAGUUGCUAAUGGAAAAAUAUUCAAAAUAACAAGUCUAAAUGGAUACGACGGAUCUGUUCGACAUGAGACAAUAUCAAGUGGUUCAAUAAAUACAAGUAGUCCAUAUUCAGCACAAUCAUCUACUCUAAAUGACAUGGAUGUUGAUAAUGAUUGCUUAAUCGAAAAUAAUAAUGAUGAAUAUUUACCACUUGCAUCAAUAACAGAAGUUAUAGAAAUGAGUUCACCACCAAAAAUAUUACCUCGAAACGAAAAUUAA